AUGUGGAGCAUGGCUCUCCGAGAUGGCUGCUGCGGCACCGUCGCCGUCGUUCUUUCCAUGGACGAACAGGAGUGGCCAGUGCAAACAAUGUACAGGAAGCAAGCCAAGCAGGUGACACUGGAUCAAGAACCUGCAAUUUUUAUGGAUAGUGAAUCUAUCCGUCAUCCGAUGUUGGAUUCAUCGAGAGAAUAUCGAGACCGCUACGGCUAUGAAGAUGACGUGUUGAAGAAGCACCAUGGGCGUCAGCGUCACCCUUCUCCUCGGCAUGGAGAAGACGUCACUCCCAAGUCGUGCGGAGAGCCGACCGUCACGCAGCUGCAGCCUCCUCUCGCGCUGCUCCCAGGAUGA